CACCCUGUGUCUCCAGUUUUUUCGAAUGUUAAAACCGACCAGAAGAUGAAGUCGCAAAGCAUUUGCAUAAUGAAACAAAAGAUGCAAGAGAUACAUCUCUAGCUCGUUGGUACUAGUCAAAAAUCUCCAAGUGUGGAUAAAAAAAAGAGUAAUAAAUCCAUCUUUGCCUCACGACUUAUGUUCGGGCGGCCACCACGGCGUUGAUAAAAACCAAAGAAAGAACCAACUACAACUGCUGUUGUUUCAUGCCAGUCGUGCACGACGAGGGUCACUGCUGUUUUUCCUUUGAAUUUGCUACACUAUGGGCGGCAUGUCCGAGGAGAAAGGAAAUCGCCCAGUGACCUACACCGGCGCGCCGCUCCAACCCGUCGACGCCAGUGCCGAUGCUGAGGCUAUACCGGAAGCAGGCAUUGACCAGGAUACGCAAACACGAGAUGCACAGGAGCCGCAGGACAUCACCACGGCCGCGAACGCUACAACUACUUCCGUGAACGCACCGCCCAUCUCCGCGGACCAGCUGUCCGCUAUGGUUUCCUGCCAACCGGGUGUCAACGGGAACACGAUCAUCCCGGGGCACAACGGGCUGACUGCGGCCCAGUGCGAGCGGGAAAUGGCGGACGCCAUGGCGGAGUUGACCGCGGGCCUGGAGGCCCUGGAUCAAGCGGACGAGGAGUUUUUGGAGAUCUUGCAAAAACUGAAGUCUUUAUUGUUGGAUCAGGGAAGUUUCCACGAUUUGUGCCAAAAGGGGUACGAGCAGCAGGGCAAUGCAUUGAAAACAGCAGCAGACUUAUUGUACGAAAAAAGUGUUUCACUGUAAGGAUUUUGCAAGUUUGGCAUGACAAGUUCGUUACACAUGACAGGGAAAACUUGCCAUGCAAGGUUCCUAAGGGAAAACACAGCUAAAAGUCGCCUGUCUUGCAUGUGUAGCAAGACAAACACUUCUGAGAUGCAGUUUCGGCAUUACAAGUUUACAGUGAAACAGUUUUUUCUUGCGAUAAGACUUGAAAAAAGCGCUGGACGUGAUAUCGGCGGACAUCGGGUUGGAACCCGUGACGAUGGACGAAGCGGACGAGCUGUUUUUGGAAAAUUUGGACGUAUCCACAGUAAAUAAGUUCCCGUACACGUACAAAUGCUGUUUCUGCAUGACAAAACUUCCCUUCAAUCUUAGUCAGCAUGACAAGUUUGACACAGCUCCAAGGUAGCAAAAUUUGUCGUGCAUUUUGUACAUGUGCGGGAAAUUUGUAUUGCAUAGGACGCCUUUGAGUACUACACGCUGGCGAAGAAGUUUUUCGAAUCGGUCUCCCGGACAUUGGACGAGGACAACGAAAACCUGCUGUGCUAGUAGUGAAGCGUCAUACGGAGGUACUUCCACCUCGGCAGGAGGUGACGCUGAAGAUACAACUGUUGGAACCAACUACGAUCUGCGGUAAGUACAGUCGUCCCUUCCGACUGCAGCUGGUGAUGGGGUUGGCUCUACAGCUACCGUGCUUUCCUCUGAUACUUAGAUAGCUACAGGAGGAGGUCUUCAAAUGAUGCAUCGACGACUUCAUAGCGAACAAAAAAUGAACAUGGUUCUUCACAUUCAAUAUAUAACGUUGUUCGUAAAAAAAAGCAAAACGGAAGCUCUUGUUGCGGCUUCUAGUUCUUUCAUUCAAUAUAUAACGUUGUUCGUAAAAAAAAAUAAAACGGAAGGGAAAUGCCA